UUCUACCACAAAGAGCAAUGAAUUCGGGUACAACGGAGAAAACCAAAAUACAAAUUCUAUACGAAGCCUGCAGGGUUAUAUUUUCUCAGAAAGAGCUCCCAACAUACAAAGAGAUUCACUGGCUUAGAAACCUCCUGGGCACAUUUGAAGCAAUAGAUUUUGGAAUCGAUGAACAUGGCUUGUGUGGAUCUCCAUCUUCCAGCCAAAAGAGUGAAAAUGGAUUGAUUUGUGCGCAAAGCAUCUCCAAAAUCACUUACAUUCAUGUUUACGAAUGCGAACAAUUCUCUAUCGGCGUGUUUUGUUUUCCGACAGGAGGCAUGCUUCCCCUUCAUGAUCACCCCGAAAUGACUGUGUUUAGCAAACUCCUAUAUGGUUCUUGUUAUGUUAAAGCUUACGAUUGGGUGAAAGUCGAAACUUCUCCCGGCUUCCCUACAUUUGGAUUAGGAGGCAAGGUUUUCGACGGCAUUAUGAGUGCUCCAUGUGAAACUUCUGUUCUAUUCCCACGAAGUGGCGGAAAUAUUCACUCUUUUACUGCGUUAACUCCUUGUGCUAUCUUGGAUGUAUUGACUCCACCAUACUCUGAGGAGCUUGGAAGGCCUUCUACCUACUUCAUGGAAUUUCUUCCUAUUCCUUCCUUACCAGGCUAUGCGGUCCUUGAGGAACGAGACCUACCAGAUAACUUAGUAGUUGAAGGAGCACCAUAUCUUGGCCCUCCUAUUGAAGCUGAUGAUGAUGAUGAUGAUGAUGAUGAUGAUGAAAAGGUCCAUUGUUGACCAAUGUGCAUAUUAGUUCAUAGAAUCGUUAGGGUAAAACGAUUAAGCAUAAUUAGUUGCAUUAGGUAGUUACAGUGUUAAACAACG